AUGCGUUUCACUCAGGCUAUCGCUACUGCCAUUCUCUCGGCCACCAUGGCCUCGGCCAUGCCCAUUGGCUCCUCUGGAAGCGUCCUCGGAAACGUUGGCAGCGGAGUCCACCCCACUGUCAACUCAGCCGGUACUUCAGUCGACGGAGUUGGUACCGUUGUUGACGGUGUUGCUGGUGUUGUUGGAGGUGUCUCAACCACCCUCGGCGGCACUGGUAGAACUGUCAACGGUCUCGGCCAGCACGUUGAGAACUCCAAGCGCCAGAUUCUCAGCGGUGUCCACCCUACUGUUAACUCCGCCGGCACCUCAGUCGACGGUGUUGGCACUGUUGUCGAUGGUGUAGCUGGCGUUGUUGGUGGCGUUUCUACCACCCUUGGCGGCACUGGUCACACCGUCAACGGCCUCGGCCAGCACGUUCAGAACUCCAAGCGUCAGAUCCUCGGUGGUGUCCACCCCACUGUCAACUCAGCCGGUACUUCAGUCGACGGAGUUGGUACCGUCGUUGACGGUGUAGCUGGCGUUGUCGGUGGUGUUUCUACCACUCUCGGUGGUACUGGCCAUGUCGUCAACGGCCUCGGCCAGCACGUUGAGAACUCCAAGCGUCAGGUCCUCUCUGGAGUCCACCCCAUUGUCAACUCCGCUGGCACCUCGGUUGACGGCGUCGGCACUGUUGUUGACGGCGUUGGUGGCGUUGUUGGUGGUGUCGGCAUCACUGUUGGUGCUGUUGGUUCUACUGUUAACGGCGUCGGUCAAGAUGCUGCUGGCGAGAAUGUCAUCAAGCGUGAGAGCAUCCUCGGAAACGUUGGCAGCGGAGUCCACCCCGCUGUUAACUCCGCUGGCACCUCAGUCGAUGGUGUCGGCACCGUCGUUGACGGUGUGGCCGGCGUUGUCGGUGGUGUUUCUACCACUCUCGGUGGUACCGGCCAUGUUGUUAACAACCUCGGCCAGCACGUCGAGAACUCCAAGCGCUCUGCCCUCCUCGACUCUGUUGUCGGUCUUCCCGUCGUUGGCGGUGUCACUGGCACUGCCGGCUCAGUCGUCGGCGGUGUCACCCAGGGUGGCGUUGCCGCAACUGUCAGCGACCUCGUUGGUGGUGUUGGUGCCGACGGCAUUGUUGGCGGUGUUAUCAAGCGCUCUCCCAUCCUCGACAACGAGCUCGGUUCCGGACUCGGUGGUGUCAGCGGUACCGUUGACGGCCUGACCUCUGGUGGUCUCGUUGGCGGUGUCAGCAGCACCGUUGACGGUCUUACUGGUCCUCUCAUCGGCAACAUCAAGCGUGACCUCUUCACUGGUGUCAACUCUGUCGUCGAGGGCGUUAACAGCCUCGUCGACCCCAUCACCGGCGACGUCCUCUAA